CGUUCUUCUUCCGGACACGUUAGUGUUGCAUCAGCGUCCUGCCGUGCAGCACUGCAGCGAUGUCGGCUUCAGGAGAAGCAGCCUUUGAGUAUGGCUUCUUGCUACAGAUAAGUGAGGAAGCUGCACUGGCAGUGGCCCUGAAUGACUACCUAACCUCACGCAGCUACCUGGCUGGGUUCAGCCCCACCCAGGUCGACCAGAAAGCCUUUAAGCUGCUCCACAGACCCCCAGAUCCACAACAUGUCCACGCUCUGCGCUGGUACAGACACCUAGCAGCCCUGCAACAGGACUUCAACCUAGAGAGCAGCAUGAAGGGAAAGCGGGUCCAGCCUCCUUGGUCUCCACCAGCAGGAACAGACGUACCGCAGCUUCGACUCUACAACAGCCUGACGAGAGCGAAGGAGCUGUUUGUUCCUCAGAAAGGGAAUAAUGUAACAUGGUACUGCUGUGGCCCUACAGUGUACGAUGCCUCUCACAUGGGACAUGCCAGAUCCUACAUAUCUUUUGAUAUUCUGCGAAGGAUACUAAGGGACUACUUCAAGUAUGAUGUCCUCUACUGCAUGAACAUUACAGACAUAGAUGACAAAAUCAUUAAAAGAGCCCGACAGAAUUACCUUCUGGACCAGUACAAGGAGAAAAAACCACAAGCUGCUCAAAUACUGCAGGAUGUGCUCAGUGCCAGAACGAUUUUUCAGGCCCACUUAGCUUCCACCACAGACCCAGACAAGAAGCAGAUGCUGGAAAGGCUGGACGCUGCUGUUACAGCCAGUCUGCAGCCCCUUCAGGCAGCAAUGGAGAGCAAAGAAUUGGAUGAAGUGGUGCAACCUCUGGCACAGGUGUUGUUGGAGAAUUCCAAGGACUUGCUGGCUGACUGGUUAGACAAACAGUUUGGAAGUCAGGUCACAGAGAAUUCCAUCUUCUCCAUUCUUCCUAAAUACUGGGAAUCAGAGUAUCAUAAAGAUAUGGAAGCCCUGAAUGUUCUUCCCCCUGAUGUCCUCACUCGAGUCAGUGAAUACGUGCCCGAGAUCGUGGAGUUUGUGAAGAAGAUUGUCUCAAAUGGUUACGGGUAUGAGUCAAACGGUUCAGUGUACUUUGACACAUCGAAGUUUGAUUCCAGUCCAGAGCAUUCAUAUGCCAAACUGGUGCCAGAGGCAGUCGGUGAUCAGAAAGCUUUACAAGAGGGAGAAGGAGAUCUGAGCAUCUCUGCAGAAAGGUUAAGUGAGAAAAAGUCACAGAAUGACUUUGCCUUGUGGAAAGCCUCCAAGCCGGGAGAGCCUUCAUGGGACUCUCCAUGGGGGAAGGGAAGACCCGGGUGGCAUAUUGAAUGUUCAGCCAUGGCUGGCUCUAUCUUGGGGGAGUCGAUGGACAUCCAUGGUGGAGGUUUUGAUCUUCGAUUCCCUCAUCAUGACAAUGAGCUGGCUCAGUCAGAGGCAUUCUUUGAGAACGAUUACUGGGUCCGUUACUUUCUGCACACCGGACACCUGACGAUCUCAGGCUGCAAGAUGUCAAAAUCCCUGAAGAAUUUCAUCACAAUUAAGGACGCCUUAGCAAAGAACACAGCUCGUCAGCUCCGUCUUGCUUUCUUGAUGCAUUCCUGGAAAGACACUCUGGACUACUCUUCUAACACAAUGGAGUCAGCCGUCCAGUAUGAGAAGUUCAUGAAUGAGUUCUUCCUCAACGUGAAAGACAUUCUGCGUGCUCCUACUGAUAUCACUGGUCAGUUUGAAAAGUGGGAGACAGCAGAGGUGGAGCUUAACAACAGUUUCUGCGACAGGAAGUCUGCCGUCCAUGAGGCUCUGUGUGACAACGUGGACACCCGUACUGCCAUGGAGGAGAUGAGAAUGUUAGUCAGCCACACCAACAGUUACAUUGCCAGCAGGAAGAACGCAAAACUGAGGCCCAACCGCAUGCUAAUGGAAAGUAUUGCUACAUAUCUCACCAACAUGCUGAAGAUCUUUGGUGCAGUUGAAGGAUCGGACCCAAUAGGUUUUCCCGUGGGUGGACAAGGUCAAAGCGUUGAUCUGGAGAGCACAGUGCUGCCGUACCUCACAGUGCUGUCAGAUUUCAGAGAGCGCGUCCGCAAAAUUGCUCGAGAGCAGAAAGUGACAGAGUUGCUGCAGCUCUGUGACGUUGUCCGUGAUGACCUGUUACCAGAGCUCGGAGUGCGAUUGGAAGAUCAUGAAGGUCUGCCCACUGUGGUGAAACUAGUGGACAAGGAGACAUUACUGAAGGAAAGAGAGGAGAAGAAGAAGGUGGAAGAAGAGAAGAAAAUGAAGAAGGAAGAGGCUGCCAGGAAGAAGCAAGAGCAAGAGGUGGCGAAACUGGCCAAGAUGAAGAUCCCUGCAAAUGAAAUGUUUCGUACUGAAACAGACAAAUAUUCCAAAUUUGAUGAAAUGGGUUUUCCCACUCACGAUGUCGAAGGGAAGGAGCUCAGCAAAGGACAAGCCAAGAAGCUGCGCAAGCUCUACGAGGCCCAAGAAAAAUUACACAAUGAAUAUCUUCAGAUGAACCAAAAUGGCAACUGAUUUUUUUUUUCUUUCUUUUUCAAAAUCUAUCAAUCCAUCCACACUGCAGGAAAUAACUAGAGAAUAAAUGUCAAGGCCAGCGGUUCAUUCUUUGUCUCCUCUUUAUCCUGUUUUGGUUCAGGAAACAGCACGCGUGUGUUUUUUUCCGUAGUUUAUAUAACGGUUAAAUUUGCAUUCCGUAACCAUGCGUCAUUUUUCCAAAUGGGAGAGGACCACCACUGGAGAAAGAAUUUCUUCCUGCUCUGUUUGAGUUUGGAUGUCUUUCACAACAGCAAAAUUAAGGCAAUAAGUAAUGAAGUGAGAUUUUGAUGAUGUAACAGUGCAGCAUUCUGUUUGCAGUGUCUCUAAAUGUUUUGACUGUAAUACUGCCAAUUGCUUCAAGUAUUAAAUCAAUUUUUAACA